GGCUGCUCUGGGACUUCCUUUAGACGGGCGACGGCGGUUCCGGGCCCGAGUGGCCUGGCGCGGCCUGCUGGAUUAUAGCCGGCGGUGCUUCAGGCUAGGCCUCAUCUGAGUCCAGCAGCCUCGCUGGCAGGGAAAGGCCAAGGAAUGGCUGCCCCAAAUGCUCUCGAACGCCUCUGCCCGAGGAAGCGGAGUGCUGGCAUCCCGGUCCCCGUGCUCAGACUCGAGGUCGCCGGGGGGGGGGAGCCAUGGGUUUCGAAGCCUUUCUUGACUUUGGUUCAAAGUUGGAAAUCCCUCUCUGGUUGGCCAAAGGCUUGUAUGACAAGCGGAGGAUUAUUUCUGUGGAGCUGCCAAAAGUUUACAAGGAGAGCUGGCGGACAGUGUUUAAUGCUGAUGCCAGUGUGGUUGACCUGCAUAAAUUGGGGCCAUAUUACUAUGGAUUUGGGUCCCAGUUACUCAAUUUUGACAAUCCUGAAAAUACUGAAUUAGCUCAAUCUAUACUACAGACAUUUAUUGGCCGUUUCCGUCACAUUAUGGACUCUUCCCAGAAUACUUUCAAUGAGGACACGUCUGCAUUGGUGGCCCGACUGGAUGAGUUGGAGCGGGCCUUAUUUCAGACUGGCCAGAAGGGACUCCAUGACUUCCAGUGCUGGGAAAUGGGACUGUUGCUCCAGGAAGUGACCAUGGCUAGCCUACACGAGCAGCGAUUUACAGAGGAGAAGCCUCUGCUCCGUGGACAAGAUGCUGAAAUGGAGAAUUCAGACACUUUCCUGCCUGCAGUGGACAUUGACUGGAAGGAGCAUGACAUCGAGACACCCUACGGACUGCUGCACGUUGUCCUUCGGGGAUCUGCCCGAGGGAACCGCCCUGCCCUCCUGACUUACCAUGAUGUGGGGCUCAAUCACAAGCUCUGCUUCAACACUCUCUUCAACUCUGAAGAAAUGCUAGAGAUCAUGAAGCACUUUGUGGUGUGCCACGUGGAUGCGCCCGGGCAGCAGACUGGGGCGUCCCAGUUUCCCCAGGGGUAUCAGUACCCGUCCAUGGACCAGUUAGCUGCCAUGUUGCCCAGUGUGGUCCAACAUUUUGGGUUCAAGUAUGUGAUUGGAAUUGGAGUCGGAGCAGGUGCCUAUGUUCUUACCAAAUUUGCCCUGAUCUUCCCAGAUCUGGUGGAAGGCCUCGUUCUGAUCAAUAUUGACCCAAAUGGCAAAGGCUGGAUUGACUGGGCUGCCAGCAAGCUCUCUGGCCUGACCAGCACAUUAUCUGACAUGGUGCUGUCUCAUCUGUUCAGCCAGGAGGAGUUGGCCAAUAACAUGGAGCUGGUGCAGAGCUAUCGCCAGCAAAUAGCCAGCACGGUGAACCAGUUCAACCUGCAGCUCUUCUGGAGUAUGUACAACAGCCGCAGAGAUCUGGAGAUUAACCGCCCCGGUAGUGCACCCAAUGCAAAGACGCUCCGCUGCCCGGUGAUGCUGGUGGUGGGUGACAAUGCCCCUGCAGAAGAUGGUGUGGUUGAAUGCAACUCCAGGCUGGACCCAACUACCACCACUUUCCUGAAGAUGGCCGAUUCCGGAGGGCUUCCCCAAGUGACUCAGCCUGGGAAACUGACUGAGGCGUUCAAGUACUUCCUGCAAGGAAUGGGCUAUGUGGCGUACCUGAAGGACCGGCGACUGAGUGGAGGAACAGUGCCCUCGGCCAGCAUGACGCGCCUGGCCCGUUCACGCACAGCCUCCCUCACCAGCGCCAGUUCGGUGGAUGGCAACCGUCCCAGAGCCUGCACCCACUCCGAAAGCAGCGAAGCUAUGGGCCAGAUCAACCACACCAUGGAGGUGUCCUGCUGAGAGUCCCCGAUGCCCUCCCUUGGCCACCAUCUUUGUUCGGGGAGCUGUGGCCAUCCAUCAUUGCAUCACUCGCCAGCCACUGUUUUUGCUGCUUCUCGUGGCUUCCAUUACCUUGUCUGCCCAUCUCUCCCAAUUCCACUACAAAGUUACAGCAGGAAGCAGCAGCAUUCAAUCCAAGCCUGCCUUCCUGUUUGUUAGAGAUGCCAUUUUACAGUAGCCAUGUUCCCCUGCUCCAAUCUAUCCUUCACAAGCAGCCCCGUUGGUUCCUUGUAGCAACAGAACUGGCCCUAGCCUGUUUCCCAGAGCCUGGAGGUAAGCAGGGCACAGCUUGGGAUUGGCCAGCCUGAGGGUAUUUCCCACUGGGUUGCAGUGGUGGAUGUUGGAGCUUCUGUUUGGGGUGCCCAGUAUUUAUCCCCAGCAAGUCUUCGCUCCUGGCCAUUUGUGGGGAUGGGAAGAUCUGUAACUCUUGUGCCUGGAGAAGUUGAUCUGUAACUCAAGUGCUGAGCCAGCUGCAGCUCCAGCAGACUCGAGCUGCAGUUGAUUCUAGCCGCUGGGGCAAGAGCUGCUUAGUAGGCCAGGCAUAAGCUUGUGGGGAAAGUCCCCCAGAGGGUCCACCCUUAGGCUCUCCUCUGCCCUCAACUGCCUGGGUACCAGAGCGAUGGCCCCAGCAGGCAGCCCCUGAUGGAGGCCUUGCUUGAGAGGCUCAGAGUAGGGUGUAGCAGGAGCCCCUGGUCAGAGGGAAGGGGAGAUCCGUUCCAAGAAUGGCUGUAGUCUAGGUUCUCUGAAGCCGCUUGAUCCUCGUCAACAGCUCGGCUUCCACUGCAGGGGACAGUAUGGCGCUGAUCCGCCCUCCUAGCAGCUUUCCCACCUGGCUUGGGGAGGAGUGCUGGCUGGGGUGGGUCAGCAGCAUUUGCACCUCCACCAAAGCGCUUGAACGAGGGCAGGGGGGCAUCAGAGCCCCACAGUAAUGCAGGCAGGAACCUUCCAGCCCUUCAAAGUUCCUGCGCAGCUUCUUGCAACUCCCUCUACCAGGCUAGGAAAGGGGCCCAAGAAGACAAACACAGGCCGGGGGAUGAUGGCAGGAGCCCUGGGCAGGAAAGUCGGAAGCUCUUUCUCAUCCAAGAAGGCUGCUAGUCAGGCCGAUUCCCGCUUGCUGUCCCACCGGGGGAGGGGAUAGACCGCAGUGUUUCUCAACCUUGAC